AUGAUGAAAAUCAUUCUUCUUUUUAUUGUUUCAAUUGGUUUACAAGUGGUCAGUGCAGAUUUGGAUGUUGCACUCGAAACUUUUCUGGCUUCGACUACGGGAAGAAGUUUAGUAGUAAACAAAGCUGAUGCUAUUAAGAAUUUAUACAACUUGUAUAAGAUAGAAUUUAAUCGAGGCUUAAAGACAAAAAGCGACGAUAAGCUUCGUUUUAUAGCAUUCAAUAACACCUUACAGGACAUUCUCGAUGAUUAUCAAAAAGGUGAAAAAACAUACACUCUUGGACUUAAUGAUCAUGCUGAUUGGACAGAAGAUGAGUGGAGACCAUUACGUAAUGGUGUUCAAAUUCCUGAAGGCAACAUCAGUAAGACGAAUGUGAAACCGGGUGAACGUUUAUUAACAUGGGACGGAAAGUCAUCACAGAGCAGAACAAUUCCACCGGCCUCGUACGACUUAACGAAAAUGGUUGUUUCAGGAACAACUGUGCCAGUUGUGUUAUCAAUCAAAGAUCAAGGUCAGUGUGGAUCGUGUUAUGCAUUUGCUUUUAACGCUUUGCUUGAAUUUCAAUACGCUAUUCAGUUGAAGAGCAGCGCCAGUUUGAGCGAGCAACAGAUAGUUGACUGUUCAUGGUAUGAUCAUGGUUGUAAUGGAGGUUACAUUUCUGGCACAUUUAAAUAUUUACAAGGUAAUGUCUGGCAAAUAAACGGUGCCCCAUACUAUCCGUACACUGCUAGAGUUGGCCAAUGUGCAUUUAGAAGUACAGGAGGCGGUGGAGUGAAAUUUGGAUCACUUCGUUACGUUAGUGUUACAGCAAAUAAUGCUGCUGCCAUGCAACAAGCCCUGGUCGACUACGGACCUUUGUACGUGUCGCUUUUCGUUGGUGAUGACACAACAUCAGUAUACAAAACAAUUUCCUCUAUAUUCAACAAUUACAAAAGUGGUAUUUUUGGACCAAGUGGAUGUCCAACAUCAAAUUCCUUAACAAAUCAUGCUGUUGUUAUAGUUGGCUACGGAGUUGAUGCGACAACGGGUUUGCCCUACUGGAAAGUGAGAAAUAGUUGGGGAUCUUGGUGGGGAGAAAGUGGCUAUUUUAGAAUACGACGUGGUUUGAACACAUGUGGUGUUGAAUCCGGUCCAUUCUACAUUGCAAGAGUAGCAUAA